AUGCCGGGCGUCAAGUCGGAGUCUCUCGCGAGCGGCGGCUUGCCGGAGCUCCCGCGCAUCCGCACCACUCGCCCUGCGGCCUCCUCCAAGGUAGUACCUAGAGCCAAGGCGCAGAGGCAGAGCAGUACCAAGGCGAAAGCAGGGGAGGAUCGGGAGAAGCGGCGCAACAGUGGUAGUAGGGGGACUUGUGGUGAGUCCGCGUCGUCGGCGACGUGCGGGACCUCACCGGCGCUUGUCGGACCGGAGCUGGAGAAGAGGAGGUGCUCCUGGAUCACUGCUAACUCUGAACCCGUCUACGUUGCAUUCCAUGAUGAAGAGUGGGGAGUGCCGGUUCACGAUGACCGUAAGCUGUUUGAGCUGCUUACCUUGUCACAAGCCUUGGCCGAGCUCUCCUGGCCUGUCAUUUUGAGCAAGCGGGAGGAGUUCAGGGCGAUGAUUGAUGCUUUCUACAAUGCAUGCGUGCAUGACUACACGGACAAGAAGAUAAACCAGUUCAAGUCAAAUGGAAGCACGUUCUUGUCAGAGCAAAAGAUGCGAGCUAUGGUCGCAAACGCCAAGCAAAUUCAAAAGGUAGUCCGUGAAUUCGGGUCGUUCAGCAACUACUGCUGGAGCUUCGUGAACCACAGGCCCAUCACAAACGGCUUCCGCUACGCUCGCCAGGUGCCCACCAAGACGCCCAAAUCUGAGGCUAUGAGCAAGGACCUGAUGCGCCGAGGGUUCCGGUGCGUCGGCCCCACGACGGUCUACUCGUUCAUGCAGGUCGCCGGGAUCGUCAACGACCAUCUGCUGUGCUGCUUCAGGUUUGAUCAGGUUGGCGGCCAGCCAAAGGCUGCCGUGGAGAAUGGUUCACGAUCAGCGAGGUGUAGUUAG